UCCCAGGGCUUCGCGAAUCCCGCUCAAGAGUCGUUCAUCUUCCCGCCGACUGCCGGGGUGGGAUACGCGUUGUAGGCCUCCUUUCGCUGACCCACGCGGCCGCUGCUCACGUUCCUGUUCCCAGCUCCGACGACGGGUGGUACGAAAUCGCGCGCUUGCGCUACGUCGGAAACUGUGCGUGUUACCUCGUUACCGACCUCCUCUGCCGCGGUUGCCUGACACACAGGCAGCCUCGGAUCCGAGCUGCAUCGUCAGCACGCUCGUGUGGGUGCACGGCACAUACGCGCUGCUGCUGAACGGGUCGAUCGUCCUCACG